AUGUCGCAGGCGCAGGCUCCCCAAGCAUCCCACCCCAUCCUUCUCAACCUCCCCCCUCCUUCCUCGACCCCCGAAACCCCCGACAUGCCCGGCACCCCCACCAGCACAACAACCUCCCUCUCCGCCCUCUCCACAAUCGCAAUCAAAGAUGGCCACCGCGGCCACCUCCCCCCCACCGGCCGCCACGCACACACGCCCUCCACAACCUCCCUCGAAGCCGAGCGCGCGGACCGCAUCUCGCGUCUCGCGGGUCUCGAGCGCGUAUCGACCCUCCGCACGGCCACUUCGUCUCCCGGGUUGCCGGCUCCGCAUGGCCCGACGCCUGCGUAUUUCGAUGCGCGGGGCCAGCCUGUUGCAAUUACGAAGAUGAGCACGGUGGGCACGGCGAGUCGCACGGGGAGCUGCAGUGGACGGGAGGAUGAGGAGGAGGAUGACGAUACGCGGACUACGACGGAGCAGGAUGAAGAUAUGUUGAGUUUGGAUAAUAAUUACCGGGAAGGGGGAUCGGUGAUGAGUCAUGAUGUGGAUGAUGAGUUGGCGAAUCGCUCCGUGGGCGGGUUCGAUGAUCGGAUGAGCGACGAUGGGUCAGCUAGUCUAGUGGGAUUCGGCGAAGGGGCGGGAAGCACCAUCUCCGGACCCAUCUACCAACGCCGUCCCCUCCCCGGAAUAGUAGCCUCCGCAGAAGCAGGCACUCGCGCCUUCCUCUUCGAGCGAACAUCCUCAUCCCUAAGCGAGGGAAGACGCGAAGGUCCCCCUUCCCUGGUGCAUAGCGCCAGCGGAGGAGUAGAGACGCCCAUCAGCCCGACGGCCGUGCAGGAACGGCGCGCGGCGCGGAUGACGAACGGGAUUGCUGUGGAUGGCGCGGGUGUUACGAGCACCGCGGCGGAUGAUGAUGUUUUUGUCGAUACGACGGCAAGGGAGCCCGUGCAGGUUAUGCCAAGUUCGCCGAGGAGGCAUCGGAAGGGGGGCUCUUCUGGACUGGGUGUGCCGAAGUCGCCGUGA